AUGGCUGUUAACAUCCGAUGUUUAUCGGAGUUACCGAUGGUAUUCAGUAGGGUGAAAAUUUUCCAGCUGGCAGCAUUGCCAAUCACUACCGAUCUCCUUCGUAAACACUAUUUCAUUUAUUUCAACAAAGAUGUCAGUCUCUGUCCUAAAUUUCGUGUUAUGUGGGAGGAAGCACAAACGGUACAAACAGAGCCGUUGGAUUUAUCAGUGCGGAAAGUGAGUGAGGAAGGAAUACAAUUGCAGAAUUUGUCAAUUAAUGAAACGAAUAAAGGACAAACGGAAAAUUUCCCUCAAUCAUCGCAUUUGAGUGCUCAUAAGAAGGCGCAUACCGGUAAAAAGCCGAACCAUUGUACGAAUUGCGGGAAAAAUUUCAUUAGAUCAUCGGCUUUGAGCAUACACAACAGAACUCAUACCGGUGAAAAGCCGUACAGUUGUACGAUAUGCAAUCAAAAUUUCGCCCAAUCAUCGCAUUUGCAAUAUCAUGUGAGAAUUCAUACCGGUGAAAAACCAUACAGUUGCACGAUAUGCAAUCGAAGUUUCUCUCAAUCAUCGAAUUUGAUACGACAUGAGAGGAUUCAUAGCGGUGAAAAGCCGUACAGUUGUAUGAUAUGCAAUCAGAGUUUCUCUGACUCAUCACAUUUGAUGAGUCAUGAGAGGAUUCAUACUGAUAAGAAGCCGUACAGUUGUAUGAUAUGCAAUCAAAAUUUCUCUCGUUCAUCCCAUUUGAUAAACCAUGACAGGUUUCAUACUGGUAAAAAGCUUUACAGCUGUACGAUAUGCAAUCAAAGUUUCUCUCGCUCAUCGCAUUUGAUAAGACAUGAGAAGAUUCACAACGGUGAAAAGCCGUACAACUGUUCGAUAUGCAAUAAGAAUUUCUCUGAUCCAUCAAAUAUGAGACAACAUGAGAGGACUCAUGCCAGUAAAAAGCCUUACAGUUGUCCGAUAUGUAAUCAAAAUUUUUCUCAGUCACCGUAUUUGAAGAAACAUAUGAAAUCUUGUACCGGUAAAAAGCUGUACAAUUGUCCGAUAUGCGAGAAACAUUUCUAUCGAAGUGAUAAAUUUGAAGAGCACAUGCAAUGUCAUAGUAAUAAGUAG